UCUGUCUAGCAGACGGAGCCGACAGCUCUGCGGGCAAUUGACUCAUUCCACGGUCCUGCUACUGGUCCAUAAAAAGAACAAAAAAAGGCAGCGGAUCCUCUGCAACAAUACAGGAGAUGGAUAACAGUAAACGGACGGUGGUCGUUACAGUUGGACUUGUUCUCAAGAUCAGGCCUCUGCCCAGACAUGGUCUCAUUGCAGAGCUAUUACAAAGUGGUUAAAAGUUUUGGGCCAUUUGGAGAGCAUGCGGUCAACGCCAGCUGGGUAGCAGUACAGGAACUGAAGAAGCUCGGGCUGGGAGGUGAAGUGGACUUGCAUGUUUCUGAGGUUCCGGUAGAGUACCAGACAGUCCAGAGUUUGGUUCCUUCGUUAUGGAAGAAGUAUCAUCCACUGUUGGUAGUUCAUGUUGGAGUCUCAGGUAUGGCCACCACUGUCACGUUGGAGAAGUGUGGCAGAAAUCACGGCUACAAGGGCCUGGACAACAGCAGCUUCUGUCCUGAUUCGCAGUGUUGCAUUGUGGGAGGACCGGACUGUAUCAACUCAGUUAUUGACAUGGAAUCAGUCUGUAAGAGAGUGACGGCCUCGGGUCUGGGAGUAGCUGUGUCUGUCUCCAAAGAUGCUGGAAGGUAUCUAUGUGACUUCACGUAUUACACGUCUCUGUACCUGAGCCAUGGUCGCUCUGCCUUCGUACAUGUGCCUCCUCUUGGAAAGCCUUACAGCGGGGAAGACCUGGGCCGUGCACUGCAGGCCAUCAUCCAGGAGAUGCUGGAGCUUCUAGACCAGGCUGAAGAGAAAAUCCACUGCCAGCAGCACUUCCACUAAGUGACCUCCAGAUGCCAACCAGCCUCUCCGGCCCUCUCACCACAAGAGGAAUUGCACUUAACCACAAGUAGCCAAACUUCCACAAAAUGUAAACUUCAGCGUAUCCCAUGUUUCCAGCAUUUGUUUCUUAAGUUUUUGCUUCAUGUUUUUCUAGCCCUGACUCAGUUAUGUUUUAAUGUCUCCCGAUGGUGAGAAGAUAAAAUCGGAGUCUCAAGCCAAACUGUGCUGUUUCACACUUGAUGUUGAAUUGUUUCUUAAGUUCUUUUUCUUUAUAAGAAGUUGUAAUUUUGCCUUCUUUUACAAAGGUUAUUUAAAUAAGGGAACAGGUUGGUUCCAGCUCAUAUUCCUCCCCAGUUUUUUUGGCCCAAUUCUGACUGAACACCCAAAUCCACCCCACUGAGGUCUUGACGUCAGGUUGUGUAAUGUUAUUUUACAGAUCUCAAGUUCUGUGGUUUAUUCAUAGGUUUAUCGUAUAUUAUGGUUGCACAAUUAUUUGAGAUAAUAUUAAGCAUUGCAAUUAUUACCACAGACAUUUUCAGGUUGAAUUUAACAGUUUCCCCUAAUGGAGUUGUGUUUUGAAGUAGUGUACUACACAAAUAUGGUAUUCAAUCUAAUUUCUAUAUCCGUUAAUAUUCUCUAGAGAUAACUGAACAAACAGUAGAUAUUGUUGCUCUUCUUCAUUUAAACUGUUUAUAAUACCUGCCAUUUAAACUAAAUCUUUUAAAGUUUGCAACAUUUCAAGACCAAACUUCUUUUCUGUGCAGCCUAAUGUGUAUUCCUUGACAAACGCUUUCUGUUGUCUUCAUUAAAUUGGAUAUAGCUUCUUAUCUUACCUGAGGAUUUGAUUUGAUAAAGUUGGUCUCUCAGAUUAGUCAGAGUUGGGCCUGAAAUUUUAUUUCUGUAGCAUUUUCUUUAUUUUGUUAUUACCUCUUUUACUUAAUCUGGAAUUUAGGCAGCAAUUUAAUACAUGUGAAUGCUUGCAUUUUUAUUUUCAGUCACUUUAACUUAAAAUAUGUAGCUUUCCAGGCAUCCAUUUUAAUCUUUUUUUUGCCUCCCAAUACUUUAUGCGUGUGAGGUAUGCUUUAUAGGGGAGUUUUCCCUCAUUCUCCUGAGCUUUGGUUUGGUUUGAACUGUUAAAUGAGCUGCAGCAGAUUUCAUCACUGCGUUUGUGAUAGCACCUCUUCCAGCCUUUUUUUAUUUGAUUGUCUUGUGUUUCUCUGUGUAGACCUGCAUUUCCCUGGGGCUGCUGAGACACCAGAACAGCCCAUGACAUCCAACACAGCUUCAGUUGGAUCAGUUUUAGUAGAAUUCUGUUUAUCCCCAGAUAAAAAAAAAACUAUGUCUGUUUUAAACUGUCCCAGUUAGCCUUAGCAAACUAACACUGUGCUUAGGUUUGAAGCAGUAGUGGUGCCAUGGCCUUUCAUUUAGUUUUUAAUUAAACAUAUUUUCCUCAAUUAAGCAAGUUGUUGCAAGUGAGUUUGAGCAGAUUGGCAUUCAUUUUAGCAGUGUAUCAUUUUUAUUGCUAUUUGGAAAAAAUGGUUUGCACCACAAAGUCGCAUCCUGGGGCCCAGAACGGAACUUCAUCUCACACCUACAUUUUUUAAACUUAAUUCUUAAUUGUGUGUGGUUUAAAAAUCUCUUGUGAACUUGUCGAAAUGUAGGGCAGGUUUUGGUUCUAAGUUUCCAGGUGUGUGGCUUUGUGAGUGCUGAGAAGUAAAAGGGGUGUGUAGGAGCUGCCCAGAAAAUGUCUGCUUACAAAAGUGAAAUCCUCAAGUUUACAUGUGAGGUGACUUCUGACUCGUGCCUUGCUGUAGUUUAUGUGUGUUAUGAAAAGGCCUUAAAAAUACUCAGUGGGUCAGUUCAAAUAUAUGUAUUACUGAUGCUGUCCUGUCAGAUGUGUGGCUACCUCAACAUUUUUAUCUUGGUGUGCUCUAUUGUACAAUAACAUUAUGGCUUUAUUGGGAUUUUCUCUGUUUAGGGAGAAUCCACUGAAAGGUGUCUGCUUCUGACAUUAACAAAGCACUUGUUACAAUAAAUAAUAUUGACUUUUAAAAUGAAAGGCUUUGAAAAACGAGAAUUAAAUGAUUAUAAGUAACA